AUGGCUGACCGAAGCGCGCCGAGCUGCCACCUGCGGCUAGAGUGGGUCUACGGUUACCGGGGUCACCAGUGCCGCAACAACCUCUACUACACGGCGGCCAAGGAGAUCGUCUACUUCGUGGCGGGGGUCGGCGUUGUCUACAGCCCCCGUGAGCACCGGCAGAAAUUCUACCUGGGGCACCAGGACGACAUCAUCAGCCUUGCUUUGCAUCCUGAACGUGUAUUGGUGGCAACGGGUCAAGUUGGAAAAGAACCUUACAUCUGCGUUUGGGACUCAUACACUGUGCAAACCGUAUCUGUUCUGAAAGAUGUUCACACACAUGGUAUUGCGUGCCUGGCUUUUGAUUUAGAUGGUCAGCGUUUGGUCUCAGUUGGUUUGGAUUCAAAAAACACAGUUUGUGUAUGGGACUGGAGAAAAGGAAAAUUGUUAUCAGUGGCUCCUGGUCAUACAGACAGAAUAUUUGAUAUUUCUUGGGAUUUGUACCAGCCAAACAAGCUUGUCAGCUGUGGUGUAAAACACAUCAAGUUCUGGAGCUUGUGUGGCAAUUCAUUGACACCAAAACGUGGUGUUUUUGGCAAGACUGGUGAUCUCCAAACUAUAUUGUGCCUAGCCUGUGCAAGGGAUGAAGUGACAUACUCUGGUGCACUGAAUGGAGAUAUAUAUGUAUGGAAAGGAAUCAACCUUGUACGGACAAUACAGGGGGCACAUGCUGCAGGAAUUUUCAGCAUGAAUGCAUGUGAAGAGGGAUUUGCCACUGGUGGCAGGGAUGGCUGUGUUCGCUUGUGGGACUUAAAUUUUAAGCCAAUUACUGUGAUUGAUCUCAGGGAAACAGACCAAGGAUAUAAAGGUCUGUCUGUAAGAAGUGUUUGCUGGAGAGGAGACCAUAUACUCGUCGGGACACAAGACAGUGAAAUUUUUGAAAUAGUGGUGCAUGAGCGUAAUAAGCCUUUCCUGAUAAUGCAGGGACAUUGUGAAGGAGAGCUGUGGGCAUUGGCUGUCCAUCCUACAAAGCCACUAGCAAUGACAGGAAGUGAUGACCGAUCAGUCAGAAUUUGGAGUUUAAUAGACCAUGCUUUGAUUGCCCGUUGCAAUAUGGAGGAGCCUAUUCGCUGUGCUGCAGUUAGUACUGAUGGAAUCCAUCUGGCUCUCGGGAUGAAGGAUGGCUCCUUCACUGUGCUUCGGGUCCGAGAUAUGACUGAGGUUGUUCAUAUCAAAGACAGGAAAGAAGCUAUUCAUGAACUGAAAUAUUCACCAGAUGGGAAUUUCCUAGCUGUUGGUUCCAAUGACAGCUCUGUGGACAUAUAUGGUGUUGUUCAGAGAUACAAGAAAGUCGGAGAAUGUAUUGGAUCUUUAAGUUUCAUCACCCAUAUGGAUUGGUCUUCAGACAGUAAAUACUUACAGACCAAUGAUGGCAAUGGGAGGAGACUUUUUUACAGAAUGCCAAGUGGAAAAGAAGUAACAAACAAGGAAGAAGUGAAAGUUGUUCAGUGGGCAUCAUGGACCUGUGUUUCUGGCCUUGAAGUUAAUGGAAUCUGGCCCAAAUACUCAGAUAUAAAUGAUAUAAAUUCUGUGGACGCAAAUUUUAUUGGGCAAGUAAUGGUUACAGCUGAUGAUUAUGGAAUAGUAAAGCUCUUCCGAUACCCAUGUCUAAGAAAAGGAGCAAAGUUUAAAAAAUAUCUUGGUCAUUCUGCUCAUGUGACAAAUGUCAGAUGGUCUCAUGAUCACCAGUGGGUUGUUUCCAUUGGGGGAGCAGAUCAUUCUGUCUUUCAGUGGAAAUUUGUCCCUGACCGGAAGUUGAAGGAUUCUCUUCAUAUAGCACCCCAAGAGAGUCUGAUUGAUUCUAAUAGUGAUGAAUCGGAUUCAGAUCAGUCUGAUGUUCCAGAGCUGGACUCUGAAAUUGAACAAGAGACACAGAUCACCUACCGUCGACAGGUUUACAAAGAAGAUCUACCUCAACUUAAAGAGCAAUGCAAAGAAAAAAGAAAAAGUGCAGCUUCUAAGAGACGAGAGCGAGCUCCAGGGAACAGUAUAAGAUUACAUUUUGUUCAUGGUUACAGAGGUUACGACUGUCGAAGCAAUUUAUUUUACACUCAGACGGGUGAAAUUGUAUACCAUGUUGCGGCAGUGGGAGUGGUGUACAAUCGGCAGCAGAAUACACAGCACUUUUAUCUAGGUCAUGAUGAUGACAUUCUUUGCCUUGCUAUUCAUCCCUUAAAGGACUAUGUGGCAACAGGCCAGGUUGGUCGAGAUUCCUCAAUACACAUUUGGGAUACAGAAACAAUAAAACCACUCUCGGUAUUAAAGGGCUAUCACCAGUAUGGUGUUUGUGCUGUUGAUUUUUCAGCGGAUGGGAAACGAUUGGCUUCUGUUGGAAUAGAUGAUAAUCACACUAUUGUACUCUGGGAUUGGAAGAAAGGAGAAAAGCUUUCAGCAGUAAGGGGAAGCAAAGAUAAGAUUUUUGUUGUUAAGAUUAAUCCUUAUAUGCCUGAUAAAUUGAUUACAGUUGGAAUUAAACACAUGAAAUUCUGGCGUAGAGCAGGCGGAGGACUAAUUGGGAGAAAGGGCUGCAUAGGUGCAUUGGGAAGAACUGAUACAAUGAUGUGUGCGGUGUAUGGCUGGACUGAAGAGAUGGCAUUCUCUGGAACAUCCACGGGGGAUGUGUGUAUCUGGAGAGAUGUGUUUCUCAUGAAAACUGUCAAAGCACAUGAUGGUCCUGUGUUCAGCAUGCACGCAUUGGAAAAAGGAUUUGUCACAGGAGGUAAAGAUGGGGUAGUAGCUCUCUGGGAUGAUACCUUUGAACGUUGUCUCAAAACCUAUGCCAUCAAAAGGGCUGCCUUGGCUCCUGGGUCUAAAGGUCUCCUUUUAGAAGAUAAUCCUUCUAUACGUGCCAUAUCUUUAGGACAUGGUCAUAUUUUAGUGGGCACAAAGAAUGGUGAAAUAUUGGAGGUGGAUAAAAGUGGACCAAUAACUCUGCUGGUUCAGGGUCACAUGGAGGGGGAAGUUUGGGGUCUAGCUACUCAUCCUCAUUUACCUAUUUGUGCCACUGUAAGUGAUGACAAAACAUUAAGAAUAUGGGAUUUAUCUCCUAGCCAUUGUAUGUUAGCUGUUCGCAAAUUGAAGAAGGGAGGUAGAUGUUGCUGCUUUUCUCCUGAUGGAAAAGCAUUAGCUGUUGGUCUCAACGAUGGAAGUUUUUUGAUAGUUAAUGCAGAUACCCUGGAGGAUCUAGUCUCUUUCCAGCACAGGAAAGAUGUUAUUUCAGAGAUCCGUUUUUCUCCUGGAGCUGGGAAGUACUUAGCUGUGGCAUCCUGUGAUAACUUUGUAGAUAUUUACAAUGUAAUGAGCAGUAAACGAGUAGGAAUCUGCAAGGGAGCCUCCAGCUAUAUCACACACAUGGACUGGGACGUAAGAGGGAAGCUCUUGCAAGUCAACACUGGUGCUAAAGAGCAAUUGUUUUUUGAAGCUCCUCGUGGGAAAAAACAGACAAUUCCUAGUUUGGAGGUAGAAAAGAUUGGCUGGGCUUCAUGGACAAGUGUUCUGGGCUCUUGCUGUGAAGGAAUCUGGCCAAUAAUUGGUGAAGUCACAGAUGUAACUGCUUCAUGCCUCACUAGUGAUAGUAAAGUGUUAGCCACAGGAGAUGAUUUUGGAUUUGUGAAACUCUUUCGAUACCCUGCUAAAGGAAAGUUUGGAAAAUUUAAGAGGUAUGUUGCUCACAGCACCCAUGUAACUAAUGUCCGUUGGACCUAUGACGACAGUUUGUUGGUCACUGUUGGAGGAGCAGACACCUCUUUAAUGCUGUGGACUUAUGAAAUGGAAGGACAUCGGGAUAGCAGGCAGUGUGACAGUGAAGAGUCUGAUCUAGAUUCCGAAGAAGAUGGUGGUUAUGACAGUGAUGUGACAAGGGAAAAUGAAAUUAAUUACACCAUCAAAGCCUUAUCAACGAACAUUAGACCAAUGUUUGGAAUUAAGCCUCAUUUACAACAAAAAGAGCCAACCUUAGAUGAAAGGCAGGGAGUAGUGAGAGGUUCCAGACCACCAGUUAGUAGGGCACUGCCACAGCCGGAGAAACUUCAGACAAAUAAUGUUGGGAAAAAAAAGAGGCCUGUAGAGGACCUCAUUUUGGAACUGGUAUUUGGGUACCGAGGCAAGGACUGCAGAAAUAAUGUGCACUAUUUGAAUGAUGGUGCUGAUGUAAUAUAUCAUACUGCAUCUGUUGGGAUCUUGUAUAAUGUGGCAACAGGCUCUCAAUCUUUUUACCAGGAACACAAUGAUGAUAUUUUGUGCCUCACUGUAAAUCAGCACCCCAAGUUUACCAACAUAGUGGCAACUGGCCAAGUAGGAGACUCAGCAGAUAUGUCAGCUACAGCUCCUUCUAUUCAUGUGUGGGAUGCAAUGAACAAGCAGACACUGUCAGUACUGCGGUGCUACCACUCAAAGGGCGUUUGCUCAGUCAGUUUCAGUGCCACUGGCAAACUGCUGCUGUCUGUAGGGCUGGAUCCUGAACAUACCAUUACCAUUUGGAAGUGGCAAGAAGGUGCCAAAAUUGCCAGCCGAGCUGGUCAUAACCAGCGUAUAUUUGUAGCAGAAUUCCGACCAGAUUCAGACACCCAGUUUGUUUCUGUGGGAGUAAAACACGUGAGGUUCUGGACACUGGCUGGGAGAGCUCUUCUGAGUAAGAAAGGGCUGCUGAGCUCCAUAGAAGAUGCCAGAAUGCAAACGAUGCUAUCUGUAGCUUUUGGAGCGAAUAACUUGACAUUUACAGGUACUAUCAGUGGAGAUGUUUGUGUUUGGAAAGACCAUGUGUUGAUACGAAUUGUGGCCAAGGCUCACAAUGGACCUGUUUUCACAAUGUAUACCACAUUAAGAGAUGGUUUGAUCGUUACAGGAGGCAAAGAAAGGCCUUCAAAGGAAGGAGGAGCAGUUAAGCUGUGGGAUCAAGAGCUGAAACGAUGUCGUGCCUUCAGACUAGAGACAGGACAGAUGACAGACUGUGUUCGCUCUGUUUGUAGAGGCAAGGGGAAAAUCCUCGUUGGGACAAGAAAUGCUGAGAUAAUUGAAGUUGGAGAGAAAAAUGCUGCAUGUAACAUUCUAAUUAAUGGUCAUAUGGAUGGGCCAAUCUGGGGUCUGGCAACUCAUCCUUCCAGAGAUUUUUUCCUUUCUGCUGCAGAAGAUGGCACAGUAAGACUCUGGGAUAUUGCUGAAAAGAAGAUGCUGAACAAAGUCAGCUUAGGGCAUGCAGCUCGUACUGUUUGCUACAGCCCAGAAGGCGAUAUGGUAGCUAUUGGCAUGAAAAAUGGAGAAUUUAUUAUCUUGCUUGUGACCUCUCUAAAAAUUUGGGGAAAAAAAAGGGACAGAAGAUCGGCUAUUCAAGAUAUCAGGUUUAGCCCAGAUUCUCGUUACCUGGCAGUUGGUUCCAGUGAAAAUGCAGUGGACUUUUAUGACUUGACACUUGGUCCCACACUAAAUCGAGUCAGCUAUUGCAAAGAUAUCCCAAGUUUUGUGAUCCAGAUGGACUUCUCUGCAGAUAGCUCUUAUCUUCAGGUCUCUACUGGGUCUUACAAAAGGCAAGUCUAUGAAGUGCCUUCAGGAAAGCAGCUUGUGGACCAGGCUUUGAUUGACAGAAUAACAUGGGCAACUUGGACAAGUGUCCUAGGGGAUGAAGUAAUUGGAAUCUGGUCCAGGCAUGCUGAAAAAGCUGAUGUCAACUGUGCCUGUGUCUCUCACUCGGGAAUCAAUCUUGUAACAGGCGAUGACUUUGGCAUGGUCAAACUGUUUGACUUUCCAUGUCCUGAAAAAUUUGCAAAACACAAACGAUUUUUAGGCCACUCUGCCCACUUAACUAAUAUUCGAUUUACAAGUGGAGAUAGAUAUGUGGUCAGUGCUGGAGGGGAUGACUGCAGCUUAUUUGUUUGGAAAUGUGUGCAUAUGCCCCAUUGA